GGCUGCCGAGGCCAUGCUGGGCAAGGACUACAUGCUGGCCAUCAUCCUGGUCAACUGCGACGACAACCUAUGGAAUGACCAGAAUCUGGAGGCAGAUCUUGACCUUCCACCAGGAUGGAGGAAAAUCCGUGAUUCCUCAGGGACCUACUACUGGCAUGUGCCUACAGGCACCACUCAGUGGCAACACCCAUCAUGCACCACUGGUUUGGCAUCCAAUGGGGAUGCUACAUCACUAGAAACGGACCCCCAAGCUUCUGCAGUAAACCGAGUGCUGAUGGAGAGACCCAUUCCAAGCCCGAUGGCAUCACUUCCCAGAAGAACAUCACUGGCCUGGCCUGGGGAGGAGCAGCAUCAAGUCAGCACAGAGCCUGGAUCCAAGUGCUUCAUUGUGCGCUCCUUGGGCUGGGUGGAAAUCCCAGAGGAGGACCUGGCUCCUGGCAAAAGCAGCAUUGCGGUGAAUAAUUGCAUCCAGCAACUCUCUCAGAGCAAGUGUGAGAGCUGGAACCCUGCAGACAGAUGGGGUGAGGGCCAAAACAUGGUGAUGAUCCUGAAGAAGGACACAAUGAGCUUGGUAGACCCUCUGGACCACAGCCUCCUCCACAGCCAGCCCAUCAUCAACAUCCGCGUCUGGGGGGUCGGCUGCAACAAUGGCAGGGAUUUUGCUUUCGUGGCCAGCGACAAGGAUACAUGUAUGCUGAAGUGCCACGUCUUCCACUGCAACGUGCCUGCCAAGGCUAUUGCUAAGGCCCUGCAUGAAAUGUGCUCUAAGAUUAUGGCUGAGCGGGCAGUAUCAAGUAACAGCCUCACUCGAUCUGUCACCCUAGAACCUGUGACACCAGAUGACUUACCUCUGCAAGUUGACAUCCUGGAUGCCGUGAGAGAGUCUGUCCAGAAAUACAAAGCUCUGUAUAUCGGCAGCUUAUCAGUGUCCAGAGCUAUGGGGAUGGAUGUGCUAAAUAAUGCCAUUGAAGACUUGAUGGCCAGCCGUAGCUGUGAGCAGUGGAUUCCGUCUGUUGUCAGUGUUUCAGAUUCAGUAAUGCAAGCAGAACAGACUGAGGCUGAGGAUGAAGAUGAUGCCUGCCUUUGGGAAUGCCAGGUUCGCUUUGUGACUUUUAUUGGGAUUGGGAAAGACGCCCACACGUUUGCACUCAUCACUGACAUGGGACGUCAGCGUUUCCAGUGCACGGCCUUUUGGUGCGAGCCAGAUGCAGGAAUGAUCUCGGAAGCAGUUCAGGCUGCAUGCAUGGUCCAGUAUCAGAAAUGCUUAGUAGCCUCCACGUCGCGGAUGAGACCAAAAAGUGGUUCCCGCUCCAUCCUGAAGAUGAAAAGGACAGUGUCAGUGGACUCGCCAGGGUGUCCGUUUCCUGCCCUGGGGCACUCCCUGCAGAAAAACAGCAAUACAGCCGCUACUCGCAAGAGAGGGGUCUUCUCUUUCUUUGAAGCAUUCCGCCAGAAGCAUUUCAUGCUGCACACCCCUUAAGA